AUGAAGUAUGUCACUGAUGAAGCAACAAUGCAAGAAAUAUUUUCAAUAUAUCACGAAAGUCGACCAAAAGACUUUCUCAUCGAGCUAUACGUUGAGUUCGAACACUUGACUUAUGGUGUUGAAGAAGCCGAUAGAGACAUGGAUUGGGAAGGCUACAAUAGUGAAAGCGAAGAUGAAUUUGAAGGCAACUAUGAAAUAGAUGAUCCAAACGUAGAUGGAGACGAUGUUCAUUGCAUUAAUGAGCCAGAUGUAGAAGAAGUGGCAAAUGUCCUAGCAAGUCAACAUCCAUUUGGGGAGUCGUCUUUUAUGCGCGCUUUGGACCUUGCAGCGUUGAAUGCACCAGAGUUUCCUGAGUAUGUGACUGUUGACCCACCUAUUGUUGUAGACAGUGAAUUUGUUAUUGGGAUGGAAUUCAGUUCCAGAGAAGUUGUGGUUGCAACCAUCAAAGACUAUACAAUUUGUAGAGGAGUUGACUAUCAGGUAUACGAGUCUGAGCCAACAAUAUUUUAUGCCAAAUGUGUACAAUAUGGCAACAAUUGUGAUUGGCUUAUCAGGGUAAGUUUGAUCCGAAAGAAAUAUUGUUGGGAAAUAAGACGUUAUAACGGUAGCCACACUUGCACCAGAUCUACCAUUUCUCAAGACCACUGCAAGCUGGACUCAGACACAAUCGCAGAAGUGAUAAAGCCAUUAGUUGAAGCUAACCCAUCUCUGAAAGUGCGAUCUGUGAUUGCAGAUGUGCAAGCAAAGUUCAAUUACACCGUGAGCUAUCGCAAAGCAUGGUUGGCAAAACAAAAAGCAGUGGAGAAGAUUGUUGGUCGUUGGGAGGCCUCAUAUGAAGCUCUGCCAAUAUGGUUUAAAGCUAUGUGUAACAAAGAACCAUCAGUAGCUGUUCAGUUCGAAAUGUUCCUGUUUAUCGAGGAGAUGAGUUGGAUCAGGAUACCCGGGUAUUACAGCAUGUGUUCUGGAGUUUUUACCCUUGUAUUAGAGCAUUCAAACAUUGCAAACCAGUUGUGCAGACAUGUCGUGAUUCGCGAUGGUGUGGGUCUUAUUUCUGAUCGUCAUGAGUCCAUUACUUCAGCCAUAGCCCGUAGCAAUGGAGCAUGGGAUCCUCCGAGAGCUAUUCAUAUGCAUUGUAUUAAGCACAUAGCAGUGAACUUUUUGAGAAAGUUCAAGGCACCGUACUUGCAAAAGCUUAUUGUCAACAUAGGCUAUUCCAGCACAGUGCAUGAAUUUAAUAUGCGAUACCAACGACUAUGUGACCGCGGCGAGGUUUAUACUCGGUGGUUAGAUAGAACCCCUCGGCAUCAGUAUGCUUUGGCAUUUGAUAGUGGACAUAGAUGGGGACAUAUGACCACGAAUCUAGUUGAGUGUAUCAAUGGCGUCUUGAAAGGGGCACGCAAUCCUCCAGUGACAACACUUGUUAGAGCCACUUUUUACAGACUCAAUGAAUUGUUCACCAGAAAGAGGGCCGAGGCCGAGGCACGCAUUAAUGCUGGACAUGUUUUUUCUGAAGUUGUUAUGAUUCGACUUGAAACAAACCAGCGAGCAUUCGGAAACAUUCAGGUUAGUAUGUUUGACAGGCGGAAUGAGGUGUUCGAGGUCCAUGGGAUGCCAUCCGGUAUGGAGUAUGCAAUCGAUCUACGCCGCCGACAAUGUGAUUGUGGUGAUUUUCAGGUGGAUCGAAUCCAUGUCGCCAUGUGUUUGAAUAUUGUGCGAACCAGCAUCUUGAUUGGCAAGUUUAUGUGA